UCUUUACUGCACUAGAAAUAACUUAGAAAGCACUUAGAAAUUACAAAUCCUAAGAAAGACUUCUAUUUUCCAGAAGGCCAAAUUUGCAGUACAAAUUUGAAAAUGAUAGCCAAACUUUACAAGUAUAAAUAUAGGAGGGUCAUGCAUGCAUAAAACACAGAUCAAGCAAACAAAAAUGGAGCAAAUAAUAACAAGAAGAAACCUCAGAUUCAUUUCUUUCAUCUUUUUCCUUCUAAAUAUAACAUCCAUGGCAUUAUCAAUGCCACCUCAUUCUCCUUUAUCUACACCAAGCAAGCACUUUGUGCUAAUACAUGGUGCUUGCCAUGGUGCCUGGGCUUGGUUCAAGCUUCUGCCAUUGUUAAGAGCUUAUGGUUAUAAUGUUACAGCUAUAGAUUUAGCUGCUUCUGGGAUUGACCCACAACAAGUCAACACUUUUGGAUCAAUAUCUGAUUAUUUCAGACCAUUGAGGGAUUUAAUGGCAUCUUUACCACAAGAUGAGAAAGUGAUUCUUGUUGGCCAUAGCUUUGGUGGUAUAGCUAUUUCUCAAGCAAUGGAGUUAUUUCCAGAAAAAAUUUAUGCUGCUGUUUUCCUUACUGCUAUUAUGCCUGGUCCUUCCCUUAAUCUUUCCACCAUUACUCAAGAGUCAGAAAGAAGGGUAGGUGAUCAACUAGACAACCGCUAUACACGCGGCGACGGCAAUACUCCGGCUACUCUAACCCUUGGUCCCAUGUUCCUAAAAUCAAGAAUGUAUCAACUCAGCCCAACUGAGGAUUGGACAUUGGCAACGACAUUGAUGAGACCAGAACCUCAAAUUAGCGAACACGACUUGUCGUCAGGAGAAUUAACGUUGACGACAGAGAAGUAUGGGUCUAUUAAAAAAGCUUUCAUAAUUUCAGAGAAAGAUUUGACAAUAGAAAAGGAUUUUCAAGAAUGGAUGAUUGCAAGAAAUCCACCAAACCUAGUGGAAAGAAUAUUUGGAUCUGAUCAUAUGGUGAUGAUGUCUAAGCCACGGGAGCUUUCUGCUUCUCUUCUGCGAAUUGCUCAAAAAGUAAAAUAUCUGUAAAGCAGCCUAACAGAAAGUAUGUCAUUGUCAAGUUGUUUGAUAUUUCUCUAGAAAAUAAUUUUUUAAUUAUUUUGU